CGCGCCAUUACAUUGCUACUGUUUUUUUCGUUUUCAUUAUACCUGCUCAUUGACGAGUAUACUCACAAAUUGGUCACAACCCUCAUGACGCCUGGAGCAAAAGAUGGAGACGGCGAUGGCGGUCCACGCAGAUUUGCCUACAACAUAGACGCCGCCCGAGAGCAGGAGAUGCACUUAUAUCUUCCGUAUUGGGGGUUUUCAGAUUCCGAAAAGUUUGCACAGCAAUCCGUCGGCCACAGUCCAAACGUCUCUCGCGACACCGUUCUGACAGUUUUCGCUCAGCUCGCAAGUUUGCGACUCGAUGCCAGUAGAGCUAUCAUAUCGCUCUUUGAUCGGAAUACUCAAUAUGUCGUCGCGGAGGCAACUCCCCAUCUUGGUCUGCGAAGCCCUAAGAGCGGACAACGAUCAGACUGUCUUUGGCGUGGGGUGCAGCGACUACCGCGAGAAAACAUCCCCAUGUGCGACAACGCAAUGCAAAUGUUUACAAAGGAGAAGGCAGACAUGUUCUUGGUGCCAGAUUUAAAGGCUGAUCCUCGAUUUCAAUCACAUGAAUCUGUAACCGGGCCUCCGUAUCACCGGUUUUAUGUCUCGGUGCCCAUCGAGUCCCCAGAUUCAUAUAUUAUCGGAAGUAUUGCGGUCUUAGACGACAAGCCUCAUGAAUCCUUGACAAAUGAGCAAAGUCAUUUUUUGAAGGAGCUCAGUCUCACUGUCAUGGACCAUUUACUUUCUCAACGAGCCAUGCGCGAGGAGCACCGUGAGGAGAAGAUGGUUCGCGCUCUAGGGCUUUUUGUCCAGGGCAAAUCAGAUCUAUCUGAAGGCAUUGAUAGCCGAUGUGGAGUAAAAAAUAAGAUGGACCACGUGAAUGAGAAAUUGGAGCAGCUUAAGCUGUCCAGCGGGAAAGGAAGUCAACAGGGUGAAGGAAGAGGAAGGUCAUCUGAGAUCUCAGAGGACAUCACAGUCGACAAAGAAGUCGAAGACGCGGAUCAGACACGAAGCCGUUCACCAGUCCACAAAUUCAAGCGCGACGAGAGUGUAUCAGCCCAAUCACAAGAUGAAAAGGUGGGGAAUGACCAGCGGCCUGCACUAUCUCCAACUACAAGUCAUCUGCAAAAGUCACUGGCUCCAUCCAAUGUUCAAUCGGUUCUCAACCGCGCAUCAUGCCUCAUGGAUCAAGCAUUGGAUGUGGAAGGAGCAAUGUUCAUUGAUGCGACUGUGUAUGCUCGACGCCAAAUGAUUGGAUCAGACGGCGGUAAUCAGGAGGAGCCAGACGAGUCUACCCUCGAGCAAGAAGGGCUGAAGUAUGAUGAUGACGAUGUCAAUGGUCCCAAAAGUUUGGUCCUCGGAUAUUCAACAUCUUUGACCUCAAGCCGAGAUGAUAAUGAACAAGCGAGCCAUUAUGUUUCACUCCCCGGAUCCUUUGUCACCAGUCUUAUCGACCGAUACCCGCGAGGGAAAAUCUUCCACAUCGAAAAGGAUGGCUCGGUUGCUUUGAGCUAUGAGGGUCUGGCAGAUGAAGUGAGCCAGAUGUAUGUCGGCGGGUCAAAGACGAUCAGAGAAGGAUCACCAAAGGGAAAUUAUCUCCGACAGGAGACCUUGGAGAUCAAGCAACUUCACAAGAUCUUACCGGAAGCACGCUGCAUCGCGAUCUACCCAGUGUGGGACUUUCAGCGCAGUCGUUGGUUUACGGUGAAUCUCGUAUGGUCCAACGAUCCAGGUCGUGUAUUAUCGGAGCCAAAAGACUUGACCUACAUGGCUGCAUUCAGCAACAGUGUCAUGGCCGAAGUCUCGCGGAUGGAUCUAGAGGCUGCCGACAGAGCCAAGAGCGACUUUAUCUCUUCAAUCUCUCAUGAACUUCGCUCUCCUCUUCACGGUGUUUUGGGCACCGUGGAGCUGCUCCAAGAGACCGCUACCACCUUCACUCAACGGGGCUUAGUCGAAACAGUGUAUAGUUGUGGUAGAACACUGCUAGACACCCUCAAUCACUUGCUAGACUAUGCAAAAAUCAAUACGCUGACUACUGGAAAAUCUCCAGACCAAGAGGAUCAACAAGUUGCAAGCUCAAAGCCAAAUGUGGCUGUUCCUGGCCAGGUUCAAGACGAAGAUUUGAGCGCAUUGGUGCAGGAGGUCGUCGAAGGAUUGCUUGCAGGUGCUGAAUUUUACAAUCGGGAAACUGAUUCUACGCGAGAGCGAACCGAAAAUGACACUCGCAGGGCCUCUACCUCUGCCCCAAUGGGAAGCGAAGAACGCCGCCUCAUGACCAUUGUGGAUGUUGAAUGGCACGAUGACUGGCGUUACCCAGUGUACGCGGGAGCCUGGCGUCGUGUGGUCAUGAACCUGUUUGGGAAUGCCAUGAAAUACACCCAAUCAGGGUAUAUCAGGCUUUUUAUGAAGAAGGAUACGAUGAAAUCGAGUGACAAUAAGUCCGUGCCUGCUGUCUGUAUCACUAUCAGCGAUUCCGGCCGUGGUAUGUCUCAGGAUUUCCUCCUGCAUCACCUCUAUAUUCCUUUCCUCCAGGAGGAUACACAGGCCCCAGGGCUGGGGGUUGGUCUUCACUUGGUUCAUCAGAUUGUAAAAUCUCUAAACGGGAGGAUCGAUUUCAGAAGUGAAGUUGGCAAAGGAACUAGUGUCGACGUGAUCCUGCCUAUUCCAGAACCAAAGCCCGCUCCGCCUCUCCAUUCUCCGUACGUUGAUUUACAUGAACGGCUGAAAGGGAAGACGGUUUCUUUCUUUACUCAAAGUAUUACUCGGGACAAUCUUGGAAUUCGGGCAGAGGUCUUUGACGAAAUCCGGUCAACUCUGAGCCGAAUGGUCAGUGAAUGGUUCGGGCUGCGUGUUCUGAGCCAGGAUGAGCUACAAGAGCAGGAAGCAGACUUUUUAAUUGUGACUGAACACGAGUAUCGGUCACUAGUUCAUCAAUCAACAGAGUCUGACGUGCGGAGUUUAGUCAAGUCUAAAACGUCUUACCCUCUGAUUGUUCUAAGUUCCCAAGCAAGCAGCUGGAAGGUGGUCAAGGAGAGUGACCAAGACCGAGCCCUCUUUUUACCCCAGCCAGUGAGCCCCAAGACACUCGCAACAGUACUUGAACAUUGUCUUGACCAACAAGGCACGCAAAACAACUCGACAUCCCGAGUUGAUGACCCUUCUUCCGAGUCAUCUCUUGAAGACAGCCACCAGACAGUGGAUAGAGAAAGCGAAGCGGUUGAAGAUAAAGCAGCAGAGACCCAAGCUUCCGAAGAAAAUGGAAAGCCAACCAAGAAGGUACUCUUGGUGGAAGAUAACCACGUCAAUUUGAAGAUUAUUGAGACGUGCGUCAAAAAUGCCGGCUUGACCUAUCAAUCCGCCACAAAUGGCCUGCAAGCUCUUGAGAAGUUCAAAGGCGAACGAUUUGAUGCUGUCGUCAUGGAUAUCUCAAUGCCAGUCAUGGACGGCCUAACGGCUACUAGAGAAAUGCGGCACUUUGAAAAGAGCGCUGGCCUACCUCGCACUGCCAUCAUCAUCCUGACAGCUGUCUUAUCUGCAGACAUGCAACAGGAGGCCCAAGUAAGCGGGGUCGACAAGUUCCUAACGAAGCCCACGCCGCUCAAGAAGCUGAGGGAGUUGCUACUAGACUUGCCGCAACAAUGACUUUUGUAAAACUACCAACAUAUGUGAUUAGCAUGAAUAUACGAUAAGGAAUGGGUGUACAAUAUGAUGAUCUCUAUGAAGUGUAUUAUAGAACAAGCGAUGCUCACAAAUAAAGGCACGACGGAUAUUACCGCUG